AUGAAUUCUACAACUAAAACCUACACUGUUAUGUGUACAUGUUCAUCAUGUACCAAUAAUGCAAUUGGUGGAAUUUUGCAAAAUGCACAGACCUUUAAGCGUCAUAAUAAUGCUGAUAAGUUAUUAGACAUUGGCCCAAAAAAUCGAGUUAAUACAGAAGUUGUCGAAGAAGAGACAGACGUUGAGAUGGUAGAUGUAUCUGAAACAUCGAUUGAUUAUGAAGACAAUUAUUCUAUUGUAUCAGCCGAAACUACCGUACAGAGUAUAUCUUUUUUGAGAGAAGACGAGAUUUUUCAAUUUGAAGAGUCUGAUGUUGAGACAACAUCAUUGGCUUCUGACAAUGACGAUCCUGAUUCAAGCGAUGAGUCUGAAAAUGAGAGCAAAGUCGAGGUUGUCAGUGUUAAAAAUUUUGAAGACAUGGUUGCUUCCGAAAUACUUGCCUUUGCAUUUUACUUGGUCCAAGCAGGUGGAACUGCUAUGCUAAAAUUCUUUUACCACCUUCUUGUUGCCUUUGAGAAGAAUACUGAUCUCCCGCUCACUGUUGAUGUGUUAAAGACUAUGACUGGAUUCAAUUUUAUGACAAAAAGCAUUGUCAAAUACACCAUCUGCAAUAAGUGUUUUGCAAUUUACCUACCAGGCAAUUGCCAACCAAAUUGCACAUUCGAAAAAUACACAACCACACCACCAACAUACUGCGGAAAUUCUCUUUUCUCUGACACCAAAGCUGAUCGCGCUGUCCCUCUCAUGGUUUUCCCAUACAACUCGCUCAAGAAUGCAUUGGCACAGCAUUUCGCCAAACCUGGGUUCGAGCAUCAAAUCUUGCAUCGCCUACACUACUUUGAUCCCAUCCAAUACACGAUUUUUAAUCCCAUGCACAAUUUGUUUCUUGGGACAGCAAAGCAUAUGAUCAGUGCUUGGAAAGACCUGAGGUAUCUCCCAACUGCUGUUCUUGUCCGUAUGCAACGUCUUGCUGAUGAUAUUCUUGUUCCUCCUGGGUAUGCCAUUUUAUCAACAAAGAUUGAAUCUGGUUUCCCGUAUAUGAAGGCAGACGAGUUGUGA